CCACCACUCCCCUUCUCUCUCUCUCUCUCUCAGUCUUCGUAUUUUCACCCUCAUGCCGGCAGUGUUUGGCUCCCACUGAGCCGCUGGAGCCUUUAUCCUGCCUCCAUUCACAUUGCUGGAAAGAGGCGGUUUCCAUGGAAAUUCUUCGACAUUCUCGCCGCCAUUGUCUCUCCGGCUCAACCCCAAUGCGGAAGCUUUAGGAGCUCCGCCCCCGCCGCUGAUUCAGCCGGAUCUCGGCCCCGAGUGAUGCUCAUUUACCUGAAGAUUCUUGGGCUCGUUUCCGCUUCUGGGUCUCCUCGUUCUCGGCAUUUCCUUCAACGAGGCCGGCGGUCUAGCUUCAUUUCAAGAAUCUGCCAGGAGGGGUCGGGAUUCGAAGGUUUUCCAAGAUCAGUUCUGAAGGUUGUGAGCAUGACUGGGGGGAAUGCUGGAGAAUCAUGGGCCUGUGUUCCUUUUGAGAGAUGAGAUGCUUGCAAUAUUCUCCAAGUGCUGAGUAGAGUAGCUUCAUCCACAAGGGUUCCAAAAGGGAGAAGAAAAAGUGACCCGCAAAGGAGACAUAUGCACACCCAGAAGAGUGGCAACGGCUGAAAACCUUCAAAGCAGCUUUUUUUUUCCGCCCCCUUCCCCCUCACAUAUCCCUUUGAGAGUCUGAUAGGAUAUAGUCCUUUGCCCAGUGCCCGUUGUUUCCUUUUUAUGGUUCUGGUUUGGGGAUAAACCGGGAUUCCGAAACUCCAUUCGAGCAAUGCCGUGAAGUUCUUCACCCAGAAAUUGUGUACCGGUACUCCCUAAAGCCCUCUUCCCCCUCUAGCCUGGAUCUAAACUGUUGAAAAGGUCUCUCUUGGGUGUUUGACCCGAGUCUUGUUUGGGAGAUUUGAGGUGAAGAGCUGAGGGCCCCUGCCCUGACUCCAGACGAGUCGAAGCAUCGAUGGGGCUUCUCCUUCGAAGUCUCGCGAUGCAUGUCAUUCUUCUGUUGUGCUGCUUGUUUGGUCCCUUGCUGAAUCUCGGCGUGGCGCAGUCUACUACCAGCCUGUCGAUCGGACCUGCCCGGGCCCUUGAUAUGCUCCUUCAAGACUAUGCUUACAGAGCAUUUGUUCGCCCGAGGACGGGCAUUCCGUACGAUGGGACUGUGCCCUCGAAUUUGACAGGGAUUAGCAUCUCUGCGAUGAGGCUUCGGUCGGGGAGCCUCAAAACUCGGGGUGUUCAGAGAUACAAUGAGUUUGAGAUACCCACUGGGGUCACCGAGGAACCGUAUGUGGAGAGGCUUGUCCUUGUCUACCAAAACCUCGGCAAUUGGUCGAUGACUUAUUAUGCUUUGCCUGGAUACACGUACUUAACCCCUGUUCUUGGCCUGCUUGCUUAUGAUGCGGCCAAUCUAUCAGCCACAAAUUUGUCGGAACUGAACAUUAGGGCAACUGGCAACCCUAUAUUGAUUCAUUUCGCGGAUGCUGACUCUCCCCCAGCUGGGUCCUCCCCGAAGUGUGUUUGGAUCAGUUUGAAUGGUUCAGUCAACUUCAGCAGUCCAAUUUCUGGGAGCAUCUGCUCCACAGUGGAACAGGGGCAUUUCUCAAUCGUGGUGGAAUCUAUUGCCCCUUCUCCAGCUCCAGUCUCCCCUGCUCCAGUCUCUCCUGCUCCAAUCCCUACAGGGGGAGGGGGAGAGGGACCUCCCGAAGCUGGGCCUCCAAGCCGUGGAAACGGUAAUGGCAAUAGGACGAAGGUGUGGAUCAUUGUGGGAUCUGUGGUUGGGGGAUUAGCAUUGUUUGCAUUGUUGGGAUUCCUUGUGCUGUGGGCUCAGAAGUUCGAGCAGAGGAAGAAGAUGCAGCAGAUGGAGAGAGCUGCAGAUGUGGGAGAAGCACUGCGCAUGGCCUCUGUGGGCCCUACGAAGGCACCCUCAGCAAUGGUCACCCGGACUCAGCCUGUUCUUGAGACCGAAUAUGUCCCCUGAGCCCGGAAAUUCUUCCUGCAUUUUGCACUUGGAAGCUCAAGUUCUGGUCACACUGGUUUUUGGUGGUGGUCUUUUCACCUUUUUCUUCUUCUUGUUACUUCUGAUGUUUUGAUAUGCAUGCUCUCUAAUCUCUUGGUUCUUAGUGUGAUUAGUAUAGGGAUUUUCAUGUAAAUCCACUCUUCCACUUGCCGAAAAACAUUCACAUAGUUUCCCUGAUUCAUUCCUUGUGGUUUGUGUAUUCUGAGAUUGUGAUCGAUUUAGUUGUCCGACUUGAGAAGGAAUAAACAUAUAUUUUUUUCUGUCG